AUGUUUCGGGUCGAACAGCGGCUUUCGACAGCUUGCGGAAGACUUUCCAAAUGUCGAGGUAAACACCAACUUGCCGGAGAUGAUUACCAGUUUUUACAACGAAGUGUAAUACCUUCGUAUCAUUUCCAAAAAAGUCUUCGUCGACUGCCCGUUCCAAAGUUAACGGAUUCAUGCAAUAGGUUUCUAGCAUCUGCGAAGGUCGUUCUUAAUGAUGCUGUUUACAAGCGAACGGAAGAAGUGGUUCGUGCGUUUGAGAAGAGUGAAGGACCAGAACUCCAAAAGGCUCUGUUGGACUAUGAUCGAAAUCACAAAGACACUAGCUACAUAUGUGAACCAUGGUUCGAUAUGUACCUACGAUCCCGUAUACCGUGCCCGGUCAACUUUAAUCCCUUCAUGAUGUACGCACCGGAUCCAAAUGCACGAUUCAAUCAUCAGCCCGACAUUGCUGAAUUUAGGCGUGCUUUGGAUGCAAAUAUUUUGGCUCCCGAAGUAUUUCAUCUUAACCCCAAGAAGAGCGAUACAAAGUUAUUCCGAAAUGUUUGCAAAUCACUUCCGGCGAGUCUUUCUUGGUUCGGAGCCGUAGCAUUCAAAGCGUUUCCUCUUGAUAUGAGCCAGUACAAAUCAUUGUUCAAUGGAACACGUAUACCAAGAAAAGAUAAAGACAUUUUGUACCAGGAUACCAGACAGAAACACUUCAUGGUCAUGUGCCGUGGAAGGAUUUAUGCGGUGGACAUCUUCGAUGAAAAAGGUUAG